CCGCCACCAGCGCAGAUACCAACAAUAUGCCCGUUAUAAAGCACCCCAGGAUUAGACACCCUCUCUUUCAUGAAUGGGACAAGAAAGCCCAGAAAUGUGGAUUAAGACACACAGUUUAUACUGUAAAUGGGGAUCAGUACACUGGAGAAUGGCAGGACAACUUGAAACAUGGUAAAGGCACCCAGAUUUGGAAAAGAACAGGAGCUAUUUACAGCGGUGACUGGAAGUUUGGGAAGCGGGAUGGUUACGGCUCAUACAGCGUUCCUGACCCAGUGACCAAGGAAUACAAGAAGAUGUACACAGGCUGGUGGAAAAAUGACAAAAGAGGUGGCCGGGGGAUGUACUUUUACUCCAACGGGGAGCAGUACGAUGGCGAGUGGAGCAAGGGUUUGCGGAGCGGCUGGGGGAAGAUGCACUACAAGGACGGCACCGUCUACGAGGGCCAGUGGCUGAAGGAUCAGCGCAACGGGCAGGGCGUCCUGCGGCUCCCAAAUGGAAAUCGGUACGAAGGAGGUUGGAAAGAUGGCAAAAAGCAUGGCCCAGGGAAAUACUUCUACCUGGAUAAGGGACAGCUGUUAGAAGGCACCUGGGUAGCAGAUAUACCAAAGUGUGGAGCUCUGGUUGACUUUGGCAGAGACAACGCUUCAGCCCCUACUGAGUUUCCACUCCCAGAGAUUGAACUACAUGAUCCAGCUGGUGUUUUAGAAGAGGCCCGGGCAAUGUUUGAUGACAGCAAUAAUUAA